AUGUCUGAAAUGACAAGCAAAGCUAUCUGCUUGUUUCUAACCAAUAUUUUGAGAGAGUGCAAUCAUAGAAUGAUAAAAAUAUCAAUACUUCUUCUGCUCCUACUUAAUUUCGAGCUUGUUAUUCCACAAGUUAUACCAGGUGCAGAAAAUGUAGACAUAACAACUGAUACGACAUUCAUGACUUCUUCUGAAUUAGACAGCUCCACAGCAUUUGAAACCAGUGAAACUGAAGAAAGGCUUUCUACAACAGAAGAAUUCAUAUCUACGACAAACGAUCCUGAAACCAGCGCAGAACAAACCAGUGAGAUGACUACAAUCUCCAAUGAAGUCACAAGCGAGGAAGCGACAACUAAUGAGACCGAUGGCACUGCUACAGAUUCAUCAACAGAUGAAACGCCCAAUGCUGAUUCCUCUACCAAUCAAGAAUCCAGUGUCGAACAAACCAGUGAGAUGACUACAAUCUCCAAUGAAGUCACAAGCGAGGAAGCGACAACUAAUGAGACCGAUGGCACUGCUACAGAUUCAUCAACAGAUGAAACGCCCAAUGCUGAUUCCUCUACCAAUCAAGUUCAAAUGGGCAUCAUUGUGUUGAUAAUAUUCGUUACCAUCUUAACUCUGAUAGCUGUCGCUUCAAUUAUAUACCAUGUAUUACGAAAAGAUAAGCCUGAAAAUGUAACUGUCAUUCAGGUUUGGUAAUCAUUGGGCUAGUAUGAUUAUCUCCGAUGAUUCUCGGUAGUUUUUACAGUGUGAAGAAAUAAAUGAUUGAAAUAUUACAACAAUCAAUACCAUAUGUAGAGAAUUUACAUAAUUUUUUAUUUUAUAAACUCAGUGGAAUCAGAGUUUACUGAGUCUAUUCAAACUGUACUCUUUUGUCUGUAUUUCUUACAAGAAUCCUAAUUUUGCUAUGAGAACUAAAAUUGGUUAUAUUAAUUAAUUAAUUCAAUAAACUCAAUAUGUAUUUUAAGAGAUGACAAGUUGUCUUUGCUUAUGAGAAAAGAGACACAGAUUCUUUCCAUUUGAAAUGUCCAUCAAAUUACAGGAGGGUGAAUUUAAAACUUAUUAACCAGAACAGAGAUUUUCUGAGAUUGAAAAGUCAUGAAUGCGGUUCAUUUAUCCUGCGGUUUCGGUUUGCAGUGCAAAAUUAAGGCGUUAAAUUAGUAUUAGGAGAAUAUGUGAUCAGCUGUCAUACUCCGGUUUUAUUUAUUUAUUUUUCAUAUACACUCCAACGUAUUUUCAUAAUUAUGUACUUGAGUCUUUUUCUUCAUGUUCGGCAUGAAUCAAAUCUGUAAUUUUCUUAAGAAUUUUGAUUACCAUAACAGGCAGCUGGCUGGUAGC